AACCGUGGCAAACACACGAGGGCACAACCAUUUCUAACCUCACUACAGCAGUUUCUGCUGAAGAGUCAGGUUGCAAAAAAGGAGACAUUCCUCAGAGAGUCUACAAUGCAUUCCAAUAGAAUGCUCCAAAUUGCUGUCAUUUUUCUGCUGUUUGGGGUCAUCUUCGUGUCGAGCAACCCAUAUCUCCGACCAAGCAAGGUUAUCACAAACUGCUGCAAGCGGGUGUCUGGAAGGAAAAUACCUUAUAAUGUUACACAUUACAGGAUACAGAAUGCCCUUGCUCCUUGUGUGGAAGCUGUAAUCUUCUACACUGUGGAGAAAGGACCCAUCUGUUCCAAUCCAGUCGCUGGGUGGGUUCCAUCAAAGAUCAGAGAGAUCCAAAACAGGAUGGAGACUGGCAGUACCUAACAAUGACAAAUGGACGGAAACAGGCACCAUCGUUCAGUUAUGCAAAGAAUGCCUGUAUGUUUGUUGUAAUUUUUGAUUUCUGAGUCACUUAUUUCUUACAGAAACCCAAUAGGUCUCAAAAUUUCUGUUCACAAUAACGAUCAAGUAAAAAUUGUUUUGAAUGUCUGAAUCUGCUGGACAUCUGAAGCCCAUGAUUGAAAAGUCAAUUUUACCAAUGAAUGUUAAGACAUUUUAUUCUCAUUUUGUAAAUUGAAUUCUCAAGUCACUCAUAGUACUCAAGCUUAAUCAGACUAUCCCAGAAUGAAACUUAAGAAUUAAUAUUUUAUCUGUAAUCUUAUGACCUUUCAAUUAUUUUAUUACCCAUCUAAUUUUUAAACUUUGGAAUAUUCUAUGUACUAUACUUCAAAGAUUAACAUAGGCACAAUUUAAUUAGAAAUAUGUGAAGUAAGUUAUCUUAAUGCUUGAAAUGCAACAAUAAUAUGAUGCCUGAAAGUACUGUUAGAUCUAGGAUUCCAAAUUGAAAGCUCUGCUCAUAAUUCCAAGCCUCAUAUGCAGAGGGUCCAGUUCAUUAUAAGGCAGUUAGUGAAAACAUGCCUGUGCAGUAAUGAUGUUCUUUGUUCCCAAACCAGCUUCAGCAUAUUUUUCUGGCCCAACUGUAUGUUUGUUUUAUAUUGCUAUAAAGCAGAACCUUUGUGAUGCCCUUCAUCAUGCCUUAUUUGCAUUUUUGUUGGGCAAAAGGAAUAGGGAAUGAAGGUGGUAAAUUAAGCUAAGGCACAGAUUAACCAUGAUCUAAUUGACAGAGUCAACAGGCUAAUAGUACACCUUGUUCAUAUAUUCGUAGAAUGUCAACCAUCAGAGCAUUGAACACAAAGAUGGAUUUAACAUUGUUUGGGAGUGAAUUGUAAUUUCAGAAUUAAAUCAAAAGCUUCAGGAAAUAUUAUUAAUAAGAGCUCCACUGUUAUCUCUACAGUAUAUGCAGCUAUAUUAAAAUAGUGUUAAGGAGGUUGCAACAGUAUUAUUUAGAAUAUCGUGCAUUUCUUUGGUGGCAUAGGUCAUUUAUAUAUGAGGAAUUUAUUUUAGAUACGCUGCUAAGUAUGUUAAACAUUUAUUUUUCUAUUUUACAAAUUUGGAUUUUGUUAUUGCUUAUUAAUAAAGGAUAAUGUAGCCUG